AUGGCAGACAUUUGCAGCGAGACGGGCCUCUUCGCCAAGGGUGGAGGCUUCAACGACUGUUUCGCGCACGUCGUCCUGCAGGCUGCCAUUGCUGGGUUGGCAUGCAUCGGCGUCCUCGUUGGGUCCAUCAUCAUUCGAGAUCUUCCCAGGCUAAGGGUGCAACAGUCGAAGCCCAUCGAUGGCAUCCGCGCAGCCUCCAGCGGAUUGCUCUUUUUGGUGGCCUUGGUAGAGUUUUUCAUCGGCAUAAGCGCUUCUGAGGUGAUCAACUUGUCGCAGGGUGUCGGCGGUGGCUGCCUCGCUGUGGCCGCCAUGGUGGUGAACUUCUGGCAACAGCAGGAGACAAAGCGCGGGCUGACCGAGAGCCUGGGUCUGAAACUUUGGUGGGUGCUGGCCACCUUGGCACAGGUGAUCACAACCUACGACCGCGCCUCCAAGCCUGGUGGGGUGGCGCUGGCUUUCGAAGCUGUGGAGCUUUUGCUGUCUGUGGCAUCCGCAGCGGCGUACUUGGCGCCUUCUGGACGAAGUGGCUCCACCCGAGAGCCGCCGCUUCUCAGCGAGGAGGAUGGGAUUUCAAUGGUCGGUGGUGGGGGACGAUUUGCACGAAGCUUGAGCACCCGCGAACCUUCUCCCGAGGACCAAGUGGGCAUCAUCGGUUGGCUGGCCUUCAGCUGGUUCACGCCCAUUGUCGAUUUGGCCUUCCAGCGCGACAAGGAGAGCGGGAAGCUUGAGCCCACCGAUGUGUACCCGCUUACGAACAGGAACGUGGCAAACAAGCAGCUGGAGCGUUUGGACCAGCAGUGGCAGGUGGAGCUUCAGAAAGAGAAGCCUGCGCUCCUGUCUGCGAUGACGAGAGCAUUCUUCGCCGAGGUCUUCAGCACGGCUUGGGUCAAGCUCCUCAACGAUGUGCUCCAUUUUGUCGGGCCCUUCCUUCUCAACAGGAUCAUCAACUUCGUCAAGGGCACGGGCGAAGAAGCCGGAGAAGAACUGUGGGUUGGAUAUGCUUAUGCCAUUGGAAUGGUGCUGUCGUCAGCUUGCCAGGCUUUUCUGAUGGCCCACUACUUCCAGGGUGGCUAUCAGACGGGAAUGCGCUUGCGCACGGCGCUGAUCCUGAUGUCUUACAGCAAGGCGCUGCGAGUGUUGCCCUGGCCCAGUCCGCCGCCACCGGAGGAGCCAGCGGCGGCCGAGCCAGAGACUCGCCGAUGCUGCAAGAAGAAGCCAAAGAAGAAGCCCAGCCUUCCAACCGGCGGCAUGGGGCAGAUGACAAACAUCAUCUCCGCUGACACGGACAAGUUCACUUUUCUCAUGCCGUACUUCAACCUUAUCUGGUCUUGCCCCUUACAGAUUAUCAUCUGUUUCGUCAUGCUCUUCAACUACGUGAGUUGGUCACUCUUCGCCGGCGUGGUGGCCACUCGUCAUGCUAUGCAGCGCGAUAGAGAGCGCGAGAGGGAGAGAGAGAGAGAGAGUGCAGAAGAAGGGCGAGAGAGAGAGAGAGCGAGUUCGUUUUCCUGGGUUCUUUUUUGUUGUUGUUUGUCAUGUCUAUUGCGGUCGGUUUCCUGA